GGCUCGGAAGACCUUGACCCGCCGGGACCGGAGAUGGCGCCGCCGGCGGGCGGGGCGGCGGCCGCAGACCCGGGCUCAGCCGCAGUGCUCCUGGCUGUGCACGCCGCGGUGAGACCGCUGGGCGCCGGGCCCAACGCAGAGGCGCAGCUGCGGAGGCUGCAGCUGAGCGCGGAUCCCGAAAGACCCGGGCGUUUCCGACUGGAGCUGCGAGGCGCGGGGCCCGGAGCGGUCAGUCUGGAGUGGCCCUUGGAGUCAAUCUCCUAUACCAUCCGCGGCCCCAGUCAACAUGAGUUGCAGCCUCCACCAGGAGGGCCCGGAACUCUCAGUCUGCGCUUCCUCAACACUCAGGAAGCUCAGCAGUGGGCAGCCUUGCUGCGAGGUGCCACCGCAGAGGGACAGAAUGGCAGUGGCAGCCCACUCCUAGCCCUGGGCCCAGAAACAUGUCCUGUUUCCUCACCCAGUCCCCCUGUGGUCCCAACACUCAAAGUGCCCCAACCUGAGGUGGAUCUUCAGAGCCCUGGAGACUUGAUGGAGAAAGAAGAGCUGACUGGGCUCCUGGCCCAGGCCAUUGCAGGUGGGGACGAGAAGGGAGCAGCCCAAAUAGCAGCAAUCCUGGCCCAGCGUCACGUGGCCCUCAGUGUCCAGCUUCAGGAGGCCUGCUUCCCGCCUGGUCCCAUCAGGCUGCAGGUCACAGUUGAAGAUGCCACAUCCGCUGCAUCCUCGGCAUCCUCUGCCCACAUCUCACUGCAGGUCCACGCUCACUGUACCAUCUCAGCUCUCCAGGAACAGGUGUUCUCAGAGUUCGGUUUCCCACCUGCUGUGCAACGCUGGGUCAUUGGGAGGUGGCUGUGUGCCCCUGAGCGCAGCCUUGCUUCCUAUGGGGUCCAGCAAGAUGGGGACCCUGCUUUCCUCUAUCUGCUCUCCACUCCCCAAGAAGCCCCAGGAUGCAGCCCUCAACGCUUGCAGAAGAUGGAAGGGGAACUAGGACGGUUCUUUCCUCAGUCAUUGGGGCUGUCCCGUGCCCUGCAGCCAGCCAGUUCCAGCCUCCCCGGCCCCCUUCAGCCUGGCUGGUCCUGUCCUUCCUGUACCUUCAUCAAUGCCCCAAAUCGCCCUGGCUGUGAGAUGUGUAGCACCCAGAGGCCCUGCACCUGGGACCCCCUUCCUACAUCGUCUACCCAGUAGCCACCAAAGAACAUGGCCCUUCCCUGGAAGGCCUAAAUGCCUGGACUAUCACCUGAUCUCAGGAGACCUCUGCUGGCUGCUCAUUGGGGACAGACAAGAGGGUUGCAGGGAAGAGCUAUAAGUUAGACACAAAAGGGGCUGGGGUUGUGGCUCAGCAGUAGAACGCUUACCUAGCAUGGAGGCCCUGGGUUUGAUCCUCAGCACAACAUAAAAAUAAAUAAAUAAAUAAAAUAAA